AUCAACGAAACAAAACACAGUCACAAAGAUAUUAUCGAAACGGCGCCGUUCCUUGGCAAAACAAUCAAAGAGAAAAACCUCAUCUUCCAAUCCCGUUCUCCAGAAAAACCUCCCCUGCUUGCUUCCCUAAUCGCCGCUGAACUUCGACGGCGAGAACCCAGUUAGCCCCAUAUAUGGCCUCCAGUUGAUUUGGAACGAGAUUUCCAGUCACCUAGACUGUUCAUUACUUAUCUCAUUAUCUGAUUUUGCCAAUUCAGACUCAGGAAAUAUGAAUGUCAUAUGCUACAGUGCCGUUACAAAACCAAACUUUUUGCUUGUACAUUGCGAGUUAUCUGCCCUUGCAUUCUGCAGACCUCAACUUAUUUCAGCUUCGAAUUUAUGUAUAUUACAUCACUAUGAGAAGAACAGCUCAAUAAUGAGGCUACGCUGCUCUGCUGCGGGUAGAACACUUUCAUCCAGAGCUGUAGAUUUUAAAUCGCCCAAGUCUAAAACUGUUAAUGGCAGUCAAAGACAGAAAAGUGCUGCAUCCUUGUAUACUCAUCCUAGUUUGUUAGAAAUGAAGAAUGAAAGGGCAGCAAACCGUGCACGUGUUUAUGAAUUCUUGAGAGGCAUUGGUAUUAUACCCGAUGAGCUUGAUGGAUUAGAGCUUCCUGUCUCUGCUGAAGUUAUGCGAGAGCGUGUGGAUUUCCUUCACCAACUGGGACUUACAAUUGAAGACAUCAAUAAUUACCCCCUGGUUUUGGGCUGCAGUGUGAAGAAGAAUAUGAUUCCUGUCCUUGAUUACCUUGGCAAAUUGGGUGUUAGAAAAUCUACAUUCACAGAAUUUUUGCGCAGAUACCCACAAGUCCUCCAUGCCAGUGUUGUAGUGGACCUUGCACCAGUUGUUAAAUAUCUCCAAGGUAUGGACAUUAAACCAAACGAUAUUCCUCGAGUUCUGGAGAAAUAUCCAGAAGUGUUGGGGUUUAAGCUUGAGGGCACAAUGAGUACUUCUGUUGCUUAUCUUGUGGGAAUUGGAGUGGCAAGAAGAGAAAUUGGGGGAGUGUUGACCAGGUAUCCUGAGAUAUUAGGGAUGAGAGUAGGUCGGGUGAUCAAACCUUUCGUGGAAUAUCUCGAGAGUUUAGGAAUUCCAAUAUUAGCCGUGGCAAGGUUGAUUGAGAAAGAUCCCCACAUUCUUGGAUUUGGGCUAGAAGAUAGAGUGAAACCAAAUGUGCAAUCUCUCCUACAGUUCAAUGUCAGGCAAACAUCACUCGCUUCAGUCAUUGCCCAAUAUCCUGCCAUUUUAGGAAUGAAUCUUGAGGAAAAGCUGCAAACUCAACAAAGUUUUCUCAAUUCCCUUCUGGAUAUAAGCUCCGAGGACUUUGGUAGAGUUGUCGAGAAGAUGCCACAGGCUGUGAGCCUCAACAACUCCCCAACACGGAAGCAUGUCGAUUUCCUCAAGGCAUGCGGUUUUUCCUCAGAACAACUGAAAAAGAUGGUCGUCGGGUGCCCCCAAUUACUCGCCUUGAAUAUUGACAUCAUGAAACAAAGCUUUGAUUACUUCAAAACCAAGAUGGAGAGGCCAUUGGAGGACUUGGUUGAUUUCCCCGCGUUCUUCACAUACAGCCUCGAGUCCACCAUAAAACCCAGACACCGAAGGAUUGCAGCAAAGGGCUUAAAGUGUUCUCUCGCAUGGAUGCUCAACUGCUCAGACGCGAAAUUCAAGGACCGGAUGCAUUAUGACUCCAUUGACAUGGAAGAGAUGGAAUCGAGUCCUUCCUCCUUUGACAUGAACAGCCUGAUGCAACCCAGAAGCUAUGAUUCAGAAUCUGAGUAUGAUGAAGAUGACAGUGACACUGAUUAGUACAGACUAUAAUGUUUGAUCAGUGCAUAAACUUAUUCUGUACAAUAUAUUCAAUUAUGUUAUGUACCAUUUUAGAAAUAUAUGCAACCUAGCACUAGCUGAUUCUUCAUA